CCGAGGCUCGCGCGUCCCUGGCAACCUGGCAGCCGGCCCGUUGCUAAGAGCUGACAUCCGGGAGGGCGUGACCUGGCUCCUCCACGUGAUCAAGCCACGCAGCGGAGGGAGAGGACGGCCAUGGGGCUAGGAGCAAGCUCGGAGCAGCCGGCGGGCGGCGAGGGCUUCCACCUGCACGGGGUGCAGGAGAACUCGCCGGCCCAGCAGGCAGGCCUGGAACCCUACUUCGACUUCAUCAUCACCAUCGGGCACUCGAGGCUGAACAAGGAGAAUGACACGCUGAAGGCUCUGCUGAAGGCCAAUGUGGAGAAGCCAGUGAAGCUGGAGGUGUUCAGCAUGAAGACCAUGAAGGUUCGAGAGGUGGAGGUGGUGCCCAGCAACAUGUGGGGUGGCCAGGGCCUGCUGGGAGCCAGUGUGCGCUUCUGCAGCUUCCGCAGGGCCAGCGAGCACGUGUGGCAUGUGCUGGACGUGGAGCCCGCUUCACCUGCUGCCUUGGCUGGCCUCUGCCCCUACACGGACUAUGUAGUUGGCUCUGACCAGAUUCUCCAGGAGUCUGAAGACUUCUACACACUCCUUCAGUCCCAUGAAGGGAAGCCCUUGAAGCUGAUGGUGUAUAAUUCUGAGUCUGACUCCUGCCGGGAGGUGACUGUAACCCCCAACGCAGCUUGGGGUGGAGAGGGCAGUCUGGGGUGUGGUAUUGGUUAUGGGUAUCUACACCGGAUCCCAACGCAGCCCUCCAGCCACUACAAGAAGCCAGCUGGGACCUCACCAUCUGGCACUCCUCCAGCGAAUACUCCACAACUUAGUGCCUUGCCUCGUGGCGCCCCACCCCCGUGGCCUGUCCUUCAGGGUUCUCCUGGCCCACAGUUGGGUUCCAGGCUCGGUGACUGCAUAGAGGCGCUGCCACAGGUCCCCGGAGGCUUCGUGGAGGCACAGCUCCUAGGGUCUGGGAGCCCUAGCCACGGUGCUGCUGACUGUGGGGGAUGCACACGUUCCAUGGAGGUCCCUCUUCAGCCUCCACCCCCAGUACAGCGGGUCAUGGACCCAGGCUUCCUGGAUGUGUCAAGUAGGUCUCUCCUGGACAGCAGCAAUACCAGUGUGUGCCCCAGCCUGUCGCCCUCCACAGUGCUGACCUCCUCAGCCCUCUCAGUCUUAGGACCAGAGGACAUUGGUUCCAGCAGCAGUUCUCAUGAGCGGGGUGGUGAGGCCACGUGGUCAGGGUCAGAGUUUGAGAUCUCCUUCCCAGACAGUCCGGGUGCCCAGGCGGACUACCUGCCCCAGCUGACCCUCCCUGACGGCCUUACCUCCGCAUCCUCACCAGAAGAUGGGUUGUCUGCAGUGCUGCUGGAAGCCCAGAUUGAGGAGCCAGCAGACACAGAGACGGAGGGGCCAGCCAGUCAAACUCAGGUCACCGCGGAGCCACAGCCUGGGCUCUGAGAAGACUCCUGGGGACCUUGGUGUUGCUCAGCUUGUGCGUGUAGCUCUGUAGGCUGCAGUUUCUGAGGCAGGGUCCAGCCUUCACCCCAG